GGAAAAUGUCAGUAUAACAAACAAUGCGACAAUAAAAUCAAAAUUUAUAGUAAAAAAUAUAUUUCGAUGUUAGUGAUCGUUCAAGAACUGAUGAGAAGACGAAGAGAUAUUUAGGAUACGGUUUUUUACAAAUACAUAAUGUCACGCCCAACGAAUAUCUUAGGGCGGCUUUCCAUGCCUGGUACAUUUUCAAAAGCGAGGUUGAUAGGGUUUCCGUCAGGUAGGGUAUAUAGGAGGAGUCAGGAGCAGCCAAGGCGUGGAUAUCAGAACUUCGUGCUAUCUGAUACUUUGAAGAAGAUCGAGAUGGAGUGCGAGAGGUUCUGUCCCGUUCCCCGGUUCCCUCCGCAGAAGGUAACAGUAGUAGGCGCUGGAAGCGAUGUAGGCCGCAUUGCCUGCCUCUUCCUCAAACAGCAGAAGAUCAUUCGCACACUCGCCAUGUAUGACGAGUUCGCGGAGCGCGGCGUGCUCGGCGUGGCCAACGACUUAGCUCACAUAGACACCAGCACAGAGGUCGAAGCUUACCAAGGUCGCAUGUUUCUGAAAGACGCAUUACUAGAAGCUGAUGUAGUCUUGAUCUGCGGCGGGGCGUACCUGCUGCCUCCUUGCUGCAACACCUGGGACCGGCACCUGUUCUUCCAGAACAUGCAGCAUGUGCGCACUGCGACCCUCGCCAUUGCGCAGUUUUGUCCCCACGCUAUUGUGGCGGUCCAGACCCCGCCCGUAGACUGCAACUUUGCACUGUGCCUUCAUACCCUAAAGAUGUCGCGAGUGUACGACAGGAGACGAGUCCUAGGCGUGAAUGCCAUCAAUGCCAUGCGUGCCAACCAGCUGUUCUGUGCCAUCACGGGCGCUGACCCCAGCAGUAGCAACUUGCCAGUAGUUUGUGGCACGGGCAAAUGCACCAGGGUGCCCGUGUUCUCAGCUGGUAAAGCUAGCAACUUCCCACAAUCGCAGACAGAUUGCUUGACGCGUCUGGUCCGUGAGGCCGACGAGAUCAUCUGCAAGGUGAAGAGCAACAACGAGCAGGGACACCUGUCUAUCGGCUUCUCGACUGCCAGAUUUGUUGUUAACCUAAUGAAAGGUUUGUUCGAGAAGCCGACGUUCAUAGACAGCGCUCUGGUUGAGCAGGACGACCCUAAGAAGUGCUACGACAUGCAGUACUGUGCGACUCCUGUCACUGUCAGUAAGGGCGGGAUUGUGGAGUACGCGGUACCCCAACUCAACGAGUCCGAGAAGAGACUGCUUGAAGACAGCCGAUGCGAUCUAGAAGACAUGUUGAAUAUGGGUCGCUGCUAUGCGUGCGGUGACGAGUAUCUCGUGCAUCCUUGCAAGUUCAAGUGUCCCGGCGGAGUAUGUUGCUGCAAGGGCUGCCAGGUCUGCAAGCCUUGCAAGAAUAAAGCUAAGGAGGCGUCAUAACUGAUUUAAAAUGUCUACUGGAUGAACACUACAGUUUAUAAGAAGAAC